UUUUCCUGUAGACUGUUUGUCCGGGGAAGCCGCUGCUCCCUCUUUUUACCUCUCAACGAAAAGACAAGACGGACGGGAAGCAUCCUAUGGACCAGCUCUUGCCUGCUUCCACGGCUUUUAAGCCUUCCCAUCUGUUACUUGUUAGCAUGCCAUCGUCCAUUCGCUCUGAAGCUAUGGAUAAGCGUAGGGGCCCAAAACAGCCCGGAACUUCCGAUCGUCACUCUCAAGAGGUUAGCAGCACGGAGUGGGAGUUCAUAAACCUCUCGGAACAAGAAGAAGACCUCCUUUACAGAAUGUAUAGGCUCGUAGGUGACAGCAACAGUAGCUGCUAUAGAUCCUCUUCAGAGCCUGUAGGAGUUUCAGCUUUACAAGGUGGACCCUCAUAGCAGGUCGGAUCCCAGGCAGGAAACCGGAAGAAAUAGAGAGGUUCUGGAUAAUGAAGCAUGCGGAGGGGUUUGCUGAAAAGAGGCUUAGGAGAGCAGGCUGACAGCAGAAUUUCUAUUAGAAAUGGAUGGUGCGCAUGCUGAUGGCAUUCCAAUAUCUAUCAUCUGUGUGUUUUAUUUUUUUGGCGUGUCCUUUAAUUUCCCUCGCUAAGAUGGUUUAUCUGAAGAGCUAUCUACUUAUUGUGCUCCGGACUCACUUUAUGGUCCAUGGUAUGGUCAUGGACUAUCUGUCCUCUAUCAUCAGCAUUUCUAUUUUUUUUUUGGUGUGUUGAGGACCCACUUCAUGGCCCAUCAUAUUUGUCAGGGACUCCGUCCUCCCUCCUUCCAUACUAUGGGCAAGCAAAGCUGCUAGUAUUCAUGAAAUGCAUUAUGUUCAGAGUAAUUUAUCCUAA